AUGCCCAAGGCUAGCGCUGAUGCCAAGGAGGAGGGCGGGGAAAUCUCCUCAGAGUCACCAUGGGAGAGUCCUAUCGCUGCAUGUGUACCCACGCUAGCCAGUGUAAGGGAUUUGAGGUUCAUGGGCGACUCCUUCCCGAUACAAACUCCACGGCCUGUCCCCAAUGGGACGCCUUGUAUCCCUAUCGAUAAUGCUCACAUCGAUGCAGAAUUAGAGGCUAUCUACGCUUCUACAGACUUCAAGUUGCACGCCAUUGAUCUCCUUACAGGCGCUAUUCGCAUUCCUACGGAAUCUCACGACAAUAGCGGCCCCGUGGGAGAAGAUCCGGCAUGGAAUAUUUUUGCCGACUUCCACGAAUAUUUGGAACGUGUGUUUCCGCUUGUGUACACCAAGUUGGAUGUGACGAAAAUCAACACAUAUGGCCUUGUUCAUCACUGGCAGGGUUCAACAGAGGCUAGAUAUUUGACGUUCGUCGUUGGAGUGUCUCUGAAUUCCCCCCUAGACGUAGUACCCGUCGAUCCUACUACUGUAUCACAGUGGAUACACCCACCCUAUUCGGGUCACUACGAUGGCACCUGGAUAUGGGGACGUGGAGCAUGUGACGACAAGUCGGAAAUCAUUGAGAGACUCAUAGUUGUCGAUUCUCUCUUGCGGCGUGGCUUUACGCCUACUCGCACUCUCGUCAUCGCUCUUGGCUUCGACGAAGAGGCUGCAGGGGUUCAAGGUGCUAGCCAUAUCGCAAAGUAUCUGGAGGAGACCUAUGGUCAUAAUGGCUUCGCCAUGCUCGUGGACGAGGGUCCAAAUGGCCUAGUGAAUUUUGGAGAUGGCUUCUACUUUGUAUCGCCGAAAGUUUCUGAGAAAGGGUACUUCGACGCGCGCGUAGAGGUGGCUUCGCCUGGUGGUCACUCGAGCAUUCCACCAGCACAUACAAGUAUUGGCCUGCUUUCCCUUGCUAUUUCAGCGAUAGAAGCAAACCCACAUUCACCUGAACUCCCGCGUAACGGAACGCAUUUCUCAACUAUCCAGUGCCUUGCAGACUACUCCCCAUCAUUCCCAGAGGAGUUGCGCAACCUUGCACACCGAGCGGUGAGCGAUGAUCGGACCUUGGCGAGAUUGGAAGAUGCGCUAUCCGAGUUAUCCCCUGCAAUGAGAGCUAUGAUGGUGACCACUCAAGCCGUCAAUGUCAUUAAAGGUGGUGUAAAAGCUAAUGCCCUCCCAGAAAGGGCCUCGGCGGUUGUCAACCACCGAAUUACAGAACACAGCUCUGUGGCUGAGUUACAGCAGCACCUUAUUGAUGUUCUCUCGCCCGUGGCUGCUAGCCAUGAGUUGACUCUUCGUGCUUUCGGAAGGGUCAUGAAGACCGGUGACAGUGGAAAAAUUAUCAUUUCCAAUAAUUCUGGUAUAGCGCUUGAGCCCUCUCCCGUAACUCCUGUAGGGUAUGGUCCAUACUCGAUUCUCACUGGGACCAUCAAAGCAACUAUAACAACUUCUAAGUUGUACAACGGCACGCCCAUCAUUUUAGGGCCAUCCUUAUCACUAGGCAAGUACAUAGACAUUUCUUUCUUCUGUUCUCCUUUGCAUAACAUUAACCAUGGCCUCAUUUCAGCAAACACUGACACGGUAUGGUACUGGGACUUGACAAAGCAUAUCUUCCGAUCUUCUCUUGUUACCAAAUCCGACUACUAUAACGGCGUGCACACCGUGAACGAAGCGCUUCGUGCUGACGCGUACAUCGAAGGAAUACGGUUCCUUACGAAACUUAUACUGAACGUGGAUGAGUCCCCAUUAUCUUGA